AUGGUGCAAAAUAUAAAAGUUAAAGUAAAGAAAAACAAAAUAACGGAAAGGAAAAAUAAAUCCAAAAAGCCCCAAAAAAAUAAGGAAAAAAUAGUUGUAAAAAGUUUAAGAAAGAAAAAUAAAUUGGUUAAAAUUAAUAAAAUUGAAGAAACUGCAAAAAAGUUGUGUGCUUCAACAAGUAACAAUCUUAAAUUCUUGAACAUGAAAGAAAUGCAAAAAAAAAAAAAUUAG